GGCAUGGAGACCAGACAGUGAAGGAAGAAGAAGCUUCAUCUGACUGAGGACAUCAGACUGAGGACAUCUGACUGAAACAAGAGCUGCUGUCUCUCCUGCAGCGUGGUGUCGGUGCGUGAUGUCCCGGCUGGCGGUGGUGUGCGGGGGCUCCAGAGGCAUUGGCAGGGCCGUGUCUCGCCUGCUGGCAGAGAGGGGCUGCAGGGUGGCCGUGGUCUCCAGGAACCAAGACGCUGCCCAGGCCACUGUGGCAUCUCUACAUGGAGCCGACCACGUGGCGUUCAGCUGCGACGUCUCCAAAGAGCAGGAGGUGCAGAAAAGCUUUGAGACGAUCCAAAGGACCUGCGGAAACAUCUCUUAUCUCGUGAAUGCAGCCGGCGUCAACAGAGAUGCUCUGUUACUGCGGACCAAGCCGGAGGACAUGGUGGCUGUGCUUCACACCAACCUGCUGGGCCCCAUGCUGACCUGCAGGGCGGCGCUACGCAGCAUGCUGCGCACCCAGGGAGCUGCUAUUGUUAAUAUAGGCUCUGUUGUGGGUCUGAAAGGGAACACCGGUCAGUGUGUCUACAGCGCCAGUAAAGCAGGUUUAGAGGGCUUCACGCGCUCUUUGGCUAAAGAAGUCGCUUCACGUAAUGUCAGAGUUAACCUGCUGGCUCCAGGUUUCAUCCGCACCGACAUGACCGCGGGGCUGAAGGAGGAGGACGGCGUGCGCUCCAUCCCUCUGGGGAGAUUUGGCGAGCCGGAGGAGGUAGCCCAGGCUGUCCUCUUCCUGUUGGAGUCUCCGUACAUUACAGGACAGGUGCUGGUGGUGGAUGGAGGACUGCAGCUGGCCAUGUAGAGGACGGAGCCUUCCUCUGGAGUCGAGUUAUCUCACCACUAAAGACAAUGGCAGAGAGGCAGGUGAAAGCCUCUCAUAUGCUUUCUUUUCCGUUUUUUUUUAAACGGAAACGUCCACUCAGCCGUUAGCAAAAAGCAAUGACGUAGGUUACCACAGUAAGCUAAUCAAUAAGGUUAUGAACAAUGUGAACGCUAGCACUAGCUGAGUCAA